CUGCAGAUCACGGUGCUGGGGACGCCUGCGGAAGAGCAAGGAGGAGGCAAAAUAGACCUGAUCAACGCUGGAGCGUUUGAUGGCCUGGAUGUGGUUUUUAUGGCACACCCCUCGCAAGAAAACGCAGCUUACCUGCCUGAUGUGGCCGAGCAUGAUGUGACUGUGAAAUACUAUGGAAAAGCUUCUCAUGCUGCUGCUUAUCCUUGGGAAGGAGUUAAUGCAUUAGAUGCUGCUGUUCUUGCAUACAACAAUCUGUCUGUUUUAAGACAGCAAAUGAAACCGACCUGGAGAGUUCAUGGUGUGAUAAAAAAUGGUGGUGUGAAACCUAACAUCAUUCCUUCUUACACUGAGCUAGAGUUUUACUUGCGUGCCCCAUCAAUGAAAGAUCUUUGUGUUCUGACAGAGAAGGUUGAGAACUGCUUCAGAUCUGCUGCAGUGGCCACAGGAUGCAAAGUGGAAAUAAAAGGUGGUGAAAAUGAUUACUACAAUGUGCUUCCAAAUAAGAGCCUGCAGAAAGUUUACAAGGAGAAUGGAAAGAAGCUUGGAAUAGAAUUUAUAUCAGAAGACUGUAUCUCAAAUGGUUUGUCAGGUUCCACGGACUUUGGAAAUGUUACGUUUGUAGUCCCUGGGCUUCAUCCUUAUUUUUAUAUUGGCUCUGAUGCAUUGAAUCAUACUGAGCAGUACACAGAAGCUGCAGGGUCACAGAAUGCUCAGUUCUAUGCUUUGCGCACAGCAAAAGCUUUGGCAAUGACAGCACUGGAUGUCAUUUUCAAGCCAGGUCUGCUAGAAGAAGUCAGGGAAGACUUUAGACAGGUGAAGCUAAAAGAAGAGGGGCAAAUAAAUCCAGUAGAAUUUAACAAAGAAUCUGGUGUUCGCAUAGGAGCGUGUGCAUCACACUAA